GGGCUGGGAGCCGCCGGUCCGAGAGUCCCAGCACGCCUGCCCGUCACCUUCUUUCCUAGUCUAGCACAGCCUCACCAUGGUGGACGCCUUCGUGGGCACCUGGAAGCUCGUGGACAGCAAGAAUUUCGAUGACUACAUGAAGUCACUGGGUGUGGGUUUUGCCACCAGACAGGUGGCCAACAUGACCAAGCCCACCACAAUAAUUGAAGUGAAUGGGGAAGUUGUCACCCUAAAAACACAUAGCACCUUCAAGAACACGGAGAUCAGCUUCAAGCUCGGGGUGGAGUUUGAUGAGACGACAGCAGAUGACAGGAAGGUCAAGACCAUUGUGACACUGGAUGGAGGCAAACUUGUGCAGGUACAGAAGUGGGACGGGCAAGAGACAACACUUGUGCGGGAGCUGUCUAAUGGAAAACUCAUUCUGACACUCACCCAUGGCAGUGCAGUCAGUGUUCGCACGUACGAGAAAGAGGAAUGACCUGCUGGCGCCUUCACUGACAGUCACUCUGCCAAUUGGCUACCGCUGGACUCAGACUGCCUUUUUAAUUCUGGCAUUUUGUAUAAAUCCACCUCAAUUUAUACUGGAGCAUUCUUCUGGGGUCAGUUGCCACCAGCAUGGAUCUAGUUCCAGUUCCUAUUAUGUAUGUUUGUUUUUUUUUUUUUUUAAACUGCACCCAAAGGGUGUUCUGAGGUCAAUAAACAAAGCCAAGGCCAGCCAGUUGCCUUUUUGCCUUUGGUGACACAA